AUCUCUGUACAGGCAAGAUUCCUCACUCUCACCUCCGAACGAAGAACAGUGAAGUUAAAAUAACAACGAAUUUGACAUUUUGACGAUAAAUCCUAUAUUGUGUCACAGCGUAUUACGUUUUUAAACGGUUAUGGGCAUCAUUUUACGUUAAAUUAAAGCGGUGGUGGUUGGGGUCCCGAAUAGCGCUUGGAGCGAGCCCUCUCGGUCUGUUGCUGUCGCUGCAAUCUGUGCCUUGACGUGGCGCCGCCGCCGCCAUGUUGUUUUGCUUCGUUGUCAAGCACGCACACGCCAUCGCAGCCUAAACUUCUUCACGCCCACAGCAGCCAACGGACUUCAGGCGUCGACGGCGAACACAGUCGAGCGUGUGACCCCAAGGCUGCGUUGCCAUGGCGACCUUCCCCGAGUACAUCGCCCAGAACGAGGAGCGCGACGGCGUGCGCUUCAGCUGGAACGUGUGGCCGUCCAGCCGGCUGGAGGCCACGCGCAUGGUGGUGCCCGUCGCCGCCCUUUUCACGCCCCUCAAGGAGAGACUCGACCUGCCGCCCAUCCAGUACGAGCCGGUGCUGUGCAGCCGGGCCACCUGCCGCGCCGUGCUCAACCCGCUCUGCCAAGUGGACUACCGGGCCAAGCUGUGGGCGUGUAACUUCUGCUACCAGAGGAAUCAGUUCCCGCCUUCCUACUCGGGAAUCUCAGAAGUCAACCAGCCGGCCGAGCUGCUGCCUCUGUUCUCCACCAUCGAGUACGUGGUCCAGCGCGGCCCCCAGAUGCCGCUGGUCUUCCUGUACGUGGUGGACACGUGCAUGGAGGAGGAGGACCUGAAGGCCCUGAAGGAGUCUUUGCAGAUGUCCUUGUCUUUGCUGCCCCCGACGGCCCUGGUGGGUCUGAUCACCUUCGGCCGCAUCGUCCACGUGCACGAGCUCGGCUGCGAGGGGAUCUCCAAGAGUUACGUCUUCAAAGGGACCAAAGACCUCAGCGCCAAGCAGCUGCAGGAGAUGCUGGGUCUGGCCAAACCUGUGGCCUCCUCCCAGGGACGAGGACCGCAAGCCCCCCAACAGCCGCAGUGCAACAGGUUCCUGCAGCCUGUCCAGAAGGUGGACAUGAACUUGACUGACCUGCUGGGGGAGCUGCAGCGCGACUCCUGGCCUGUGGUCCAGGGCAAGAGGCCCCUGCGCUCCCUGGGCGUGGCCAUGUCCAUCGCUGUCGGCCUGCUGGAGUGCACCUUCCCCAACACGGGCGCACGCAUCAUGACCUUCAUCGGGGGUCCGGCCACGCAGGGUCCCGGCAUGGUGGUGGGGGACGAGCUCAAGACCCCCAUCAGGUCUUGGCACGACAUUGAAAAAGACAACGCCAAGUUCAUGAAGAAGGCCGCCAAGCAUUACGAGUCGCUGGCUAGCAGGGCAUCCGCUAGCGGUCAUGUGAUGGACAUCUACGCCUGUGCGCUAGACCAGACCGGACUUCUGGAGAUGAAGUGUUGUGCCAACAACACGGGCGGCUACAUGGUGAUGGCUGACUCGUUCAACACGUCGUUGUUCCAGCAAACCUUCCAGAGAGUUUUCUCCAAAGACGUUCAAGGCUCCUUCAAGAUGGCCUUCGCCGCCAUGCUAGAAGUCAAGACUUCCAGGGAGGUGAAAGUGUCCGGUGCCAUCGGACCUUGCGUGUCCCUCAACGCCAAAGGACCCUGCGUAUCCGAAAAUGAGAUCGGCAGCGGCGGAACGUGUCAGUGGAAGAUGUGCGCGUUGGACCCCAGCACCACACUGGCGCUCUACUUUGAGGUGGUCAAUCAGCACAACGCUCCUAUCCCUCAAGGCGGCCGUGGAGCUCUGCAGUUCGUCACGCAGUACCAGCACGCAUCAGGACAGAGACGCAUACGAGUGACCACCAUCGCCAGGAACUGGGCGGACGCGCAGACGCAGAUCCAGAGCAUCGCCGCCUCCUUCGAUCAAGAGGCGGCGGCCGUCUUGAUGGCCAGGCUGGCGGUGUACCGCGCCGAGACGGAGGAGGGGCCGGACGUCCUCAGGUGGUUGGACCGGCAGCUCAUCAGACUGUGUCAGAAGUUUGGCGAUUACCACAAAGACGAUCCCAACUCCUUCAGGUUUUCUGAGACGUUCUCGCUGUAUCCUCAGUUCAUGUUCCACCUGAGGCGCUCGCCCUUCCUGCAGGUGUUCAACAACAGUCCGGAUGAGAGCUCGUACUACCGACACCAGUUCAACCGGCACGAGCUGACGCAGGCGCUCAUCAUGAUCCAGCCCGUCCUCUACUCAUACUCCUUCCAGGGACCGCCAGAGCCGGUGUUGUUGGACAGCAGCAGCAUUCUUCCAGAUCGUAUCCUGCUCAUGGACACUUUCUUCCAGAUCCUCAUCUACCACGGAGAGGUACGCACACGCACACGCACACGCACACACACACGCACGCACACACGCAGUAUGUUUCUGAGGGCGACCGUGGGUGCGCACGUCAGACGGUGGCCCAGUGGAGGAAGGCGGGCUACCAGGAGAUGGCGGAGUACGAGAACUUCCGGCACCUUCUUCAGGCUCCGGUGGACGACGCCCAGGAGCUGCUGCACUCGCGCUUCCCCAUGCCCAGAUACAUCGACACCGAGCACGGCGGCAGCCAGGCUCGCUUCCUGCUCUCCAAAGUCAACCCCUCCCAGACGCACAACAACAUGUACGCCUGGGGGCAGGAGUCGGGGGCGCCCAUCCUGACGGACGACGUCAGCCUGCAGGUCUUCAUGGACCACCUGAAGAAGCUCGCCGUGUCCAGCGCUGCCUAAUGUGUGCGCGCGCGCGCACACACACACACACGUUCCAUUGCGUGCGCUGCCUGAAGCAACAAGACUGAUGUGUGCGACAUCUUAUUGUUUGAUCGAUGGUCACGUGAUCACCUGUUAUGAACAGUUAAAAGAAGCGGGCCAUUUUGCCUCCAUCUUGUUUCCAUUUUCUUUGUUGUAAUAAACGUUUUGGAACUCGCAA